UACAUGUAACGCCCGCCCCUUUGUCGACGUAGCCGAACACGCUAGGUUGAUUCGCUUCGUUUUAAGCGGGAGGUAAAGCCUUUGUGCUUAUCGUGGUCCUUCUUUACGGUUCAUUGUCGAGAUGGCGGCGACUGCUGAAGUAAUGGAAGUGACCCCUGGGGAUAGCACAAAGCCUUCAGCAGAGGACAUGACCUCAAAGGACUAUUACUUUGAUUCUUAUGCCCAUUUUGGCAUUCAUGAGGAGAUGCUUAAAGAUGAAGUCCGUACCCUGACCUAUCGUAACUCGAUGUUUCACAACAAACACCUGUUCAAAGACAAGGUGGUUCUUGAUGUUGGCAGCGGAACCGGUAUUCUCUGCAUGUUCGCCGCAAAAGCAGGCGCUAAGAAAGUUAUAGGGAUUGAAUGCAGUAGUAUAUCAGAUUAUGCUGUGAAGAUUGUGAAGGCAAACAAGCUCGAUCACAUUGUAACAAUCGUUAAGGGGAAGGUGGAGGAGGUGGAGCUUCCAGUGGAGAAAGUGGACAUAAUAAUCUCAGAGUGGAUGGGCUACUGCCUGUUCUAUGAGUCCAUGCUCAAUACUGUUAUCUAUGCACGGGACAAGUGGCUGAAACCAGAUGGUCUGAUAUUUCCAGACAGAGCUACACUGUACAUCACAGCUAUUGAAGACAGGCAAUACAAAGACUACAAAAUUCACUGGUGGGAGAAUGUGCACGGAUUCGACAUGUCCUGCAUCAAAGAGGUGGCCAUCAAGGAGCCUUUGGUUGAUGUGGUGGAUCCCAAACAACUGGUCAGCAAUUCUUGCCUCGUCAAGGAGGUGGACAUGUACACUGUCAAGCUCGAAGACUUGUCCUUCUCCUCCCCCUUCUGCCUGCAAGUGAAGAGGAAUGACUACAUCCACGCAUUAGUUACCUAUUUCAACAUUGAGUUCACAUGUUGUCACAAGAGGACUGGAUUCUCAACUGGCCCAGAGUCUCCAUAUACCCACUGGAAACAGACAGUAUUUUACCUUGAUGAUUAUUUGACUGUGAAGACUGGUGAGGAGAUUUUUGGGACAAUACAUCUGAAGCCCAAUGCUAAGAACAAUCGGGAUCUGGACUUCACACUUAAUGUGGACUUCAAGGGUCAGCUGUGUGAGGUGACCAAGACCUCCGAGUACAGGAUGCGUUAGGCAUUGUCGGUAACCUUAAUGAGUAGCAAGCUAAAAUAUGCAGUGUGUACAUUUUAGUACUGUACAUUCUAUUUUGCUUUUGUGAAAUAUUUUUGUUGUUCACUGGUUUCUGAUUUUAAAUUUUAUUUGUAAAUGAAGAGGCCAAAACAGAACGGCAUGGAGAUAUUGUGCAAUAGUUACAUGGAAUGUAUUGUAUAGGAAUAGAAAUUGUUUAGUGAUGCUAUAGUAUGAUAAAAUGCAUUUGAGAUAUAAGGAUCUGAAUGUCAUUGAUCCUUAUGUCAAAUGUCAUUAACUGCACAGGUUUGUGCCUUUUUAAAAUGUAUCCCUGUAAUACUGUACUAAUGUGUAAGCAAAGCGCCCUUGUUGGAAAUAUUACAUACUAUUCACUCUCUAAAUUUCUUUUCAAUUUAAGACUUUUGCCCAGUAUUUCACCCUCAUUGCCUUGACAAGGGAUGUUCUGAGCCCAGUCAACUGUAUGACUUAACUUCAAUAGCAAAAAUGUAAACGAGUUAAGUAAUCUGUUUGAAUGGAAAAACGACUGCAUAAUCUUCCUGUUAGGAAGAAAUGCAAGGGAGUCAUUUGGAAUAGCCAUUUUUGUAUCAUUUUAAAUAAAAUAAAUGUCACAUGAAA